GAAAGAACUUGCGCUGAACUUCAUAUCCACUAUAAAACACGAAGGACGAGUUUUUGUUCGAAGAAGGCAAAUUAGAUUCAGCAGCACGUCUGGAAGAAGUUGCAUAUGUCUGACUCAUGAAAAGACCGAUGCUCCACCCUCAGCAAACAGAAAACAACGUCCACUGACAGCUAAAUACAAGAUUUUUUGGGCUCGACAGGCUUCAACAGGGUAGAGUGUAUCAUCAGUAAAGACCUUUCAACAAGUUGUCGUUUUUGAUGGGAUUUGUUGCUUAACAUGCGUCUACACGGGUCAAUGAAUAUACUAGGAGCAGCAGUGUUGGUUCUGCUGGCCGGCUGUCAGCAAUGUGUCUCCACUGACACUCCACCAGAGGUCAGGCAGAACAAUAGUACUCUGUACUCAGCCUGCAAAAUGAGACCCAGCACCUCACUCCCUGAAGGCCUGCCAAAAGUGUACGGUCAGGUGCUGUUUAAGCAGGAAUAUCCUGAGGGGAAACUCAAGGUGCUCCUUCAGUUCAGUGGCUUCCCCACAGAGAGCGCCCCAGUGCCCAGAGCGGUGCACAUCCAUCAGUUUGGAGACCUGAGCCAGGGGUGUGACUCCACUGGAGGCCACUACAACCCACACAGCGUACAUCACCCAGACCACCCUGGAGACUUCGGUAACUUUGUGGCUCUGAAAGGAAAAAUCAAUACGAUGAUAGAGUCUGAGGCCACGCUGUUCACAGGGCUGUCUGUGAUUGGAAGAGCCGUGGUGAUCCAUGAGAGGGAGGACGACUUGGGGAGUGGGGGAGACGCUGGGAGCCUGCUGAGUGGAAACGCAGGCCGGAGGCUUGGCUGCUGCAUCAUUGGGAUUUCUCCCCCCAGCCUCUGGAAUAUGAAGUAUGAGGUGUAUAAUAAACGUAAGCUUGUGGAUGCUGGCAUGUAGGGCAAUUAAAGAGAUUUUCCCUUGAUUAAAUCAUUGAUUGGAUCCAUUGGAUCCAUUGUAUCCCUUGUGUGGCUUAUCAAAAAUGGUGGGAAAGUGUCUUGAGAAUUCAACUGCUCCAAAAAUAAAAUAAAUGCUCAGUUCUUUAAUCCUUGGUGAUUUUCUGACUUUUCCUUAAACACCAUCGGUUUAAAUUUGUUUAUGACCAAAGUAGCGACACUACCCGAACUAAGAAGGUUAACAUGGUAUUCAUUACAAAUGCAUUCAUUUGCAUGUGAAUGUCAUUUCAAAUAUAUUAUCACGCUUACAAAAACCUCCAUUACAUCCGUGCAGUGCAGGUUUCUAUAUAAUUCUAUACUUAAAACAUGUUUUUAUUCAGUUGAAUCAUUUAUUUUGCAGAAAUAAAUCCAUGUUGUGCACAUUCAACAAAUAUACACGUAUGGUUUUGUGGUAUUUCUAUCUGAUGAGUUAAUACUUUUUGCUACAAAACAUGACAACGUCAGUGCUGGUAAUACUACAUGUUGUGGGUUCUUUGUGUAACAGACGAGUGAACUCUUAACUAAAUUUAUGUUCAAAGUCAACUGUCCUUAAUAAAAAGUGGUUUGGAAAUGUUUGCAUUGUUUUUAAAGAAAAUAAAUAAAGUUUCUGCUUAAGCUAAA